UGCGCGCUGCGCGCGGAAGCGGAAGUGGCUGCCCUUAGCGCUCGGGGCGCUGGGAGCGCCUCCAGGUGAGGUGGAGACCGCCGCGCUGGGGCUUCUGUCCCGGGACCUGAGUCCCAGCUCGAGGCGGACUUUGAAGCCUCUGACCCCAGGGAUGGGGUCUAAGGCCAAGAAGCGCGUGGUGUUGCCCACCCGCCCGGCGCCCCCCACGGUGGAGCAGAUCCUGGAGGACGUGCAGGGGGCGGCCGCCGACGACCCGGUCUUCACCACCUUGGCCCUUGAAGACGCCCCCUCGCCCACUGGGAGGGCCGACGCCGAGGACCAGGAGGCCGAGCGCGAGCGGCUGUACCAGCAGAGCCGCGCCUACGUGGCUGCCAAUCAGCGGCUGCAGCAGGCUGGCGAGGGGCUGCAGCGGGCCUGCCAGGGGCUGCGGGGAGCCGGCGUCCAGCUGGAGCGGGAGAUGGACGAGGUGAAGCAGGUGACCCUGCCCAGCGCCCAGGCCGCCUCCCUGGGCUGACCCACACCCGGAGCACGGACACGCUCACGGCGGGACUCGCGGGGCCCAGACGCCCCAGAACCCAGACUGGACAUCCCGCAGGCUCCCCACUGCUCCGUCCAGAGGCCCCGUUCUCUGGAGCGCUGCCGUCACACCCUCUGCAGGGUCGCCCCGGAAGCUUGAGGGCCCCCGGGAGGGUGGGGGAGUGUGGGGGUCUCCCCCCUUGUUUCCCCCACCCUGAAGGCCUCACAACCUCGAUCUGAGAUGUAGCCUCCGUGGGGGCUGUGCCUCUGAGUCUCCUGGCCCCCAGGUCUGGGGGUGCCCCUCCGGGCUGGGCCCGGUGGGCUGCAGUGUCUGGGGAGGGGUGGGGCCCAUCAGCCAGUGGUACCAGGCCCAGGCUGCCUGACCACCUGUGUUUUCCCACCACUGGCCUGGUUGUGAAGCCUGGCGCGGGGGUGGCCCACCCCCACCCCGCUCCCCCUCACCCCCACUGUCCACACCUUGGCCCUUCUCUGUGGCGAGGGGCAGCCAGGGCCAGCAGAGGAGCCGAGAAUGUUUCGUCCGUCUUGAACUUAUGAAGACCAAGGAUGCAGGACCCUUGUGUGUCUGCUGGGACCCCUGUGAGAUGGGCAGGACCCCCGUGACUGCCGCCAUCAGCUGCUUCUCAGGAGAGCUGUGGGGACCCAGCAGGGGACAGCGGAGAAAGCAAGGGCGGGAAAACAGCCCCGUCUGGCAGGACACCAACCACUGCACUGGAGACCCCUGACAGCGGAACUGGGGGCCUCCAGCGAGCAGACAGCUCCUGCCACAUGCCCCCAAACGGACUGCCCAGGGCCAACCCAUCCCCCACACCCUGCUCCGGGGGCACGGACAUACCCACAGCCAGAUGCACGGGGCCCAGGCAGCACCCCUGAACCCAGAUGGGACAUCAGACAGAUUCCCACCGCCUCCUCCAGGAAGGGCGCCAUUGGACUUCCAGGGGCUGCCUGUGCCCCCCCUCUCCCCCACGCCCACGGCCCUCUACCUCCACCUCCAGCCACCCUCCAGUCCCAUUUCACACGGAGCCCCAGGCCAAGGGGGGGCGCCAGCAGCCCCGUUUAUUAAAGGUGCCAUCAGAUGGA